ACACUAAAACAGUAAACACGAUAACGAGAAUCACCAAAUUUCUCCACCGAACCCAAAAAGUCCAUAAUUUCCAUCUUUGCAUCCAACACAAACACACCUUCUUUUUCCCACACUCCCUUUCUUCCCCUUCUUCAUCAUUCCUCUCGACAUGCCUCCUUCUCUCGCAUUUCAUCAAACACCUUCCCUUCAUCACUCCCUCUCAUGAACAACAUCAUCACCCGCCGCCAUGGACGCUUCUUCUUCUCGAACCUUCCUCCUCCUCACUCUCCUCUUCGCCGCGGCGGCGCCACUCUAUCUACCACCAGUCCUCUCCGCCACCGACCCUAACGACGUCAAAAUCCUCCACCAGUUCAGGAAAGGCCUCGAAAAUCCAAACCUCCUUCCCUGGCCGGAACAAGGCGGCGACCCAUGUGGCACCCCGCGUUGGGAUUACAUCUUCUGCGACGGCGACCGGGUUGCGCAGAUUCAAACAAAGAAUUUAAACCUCACCGGCCCUUUACCGCAGAAUCUCAACCAGCUCACCGAGCUUUUCAACUUGGGUCUUCAGAACAACAAGCUCAACGGGCCGUUACCGUCGUUGAAGGGGUUGUCGAAGCUGAAGUAUGCGUUCUUUGAUAACAACAAUUUCGAUUCCAUUCCUUCUGAUUUCUUCGAGGGGUUGGAGAGCUUGGAGGUGAUGGCAUUGGACAGGAACAACGAUCUGAAUGCUAGCAGUGGUGGGUGGCAGUUUCCGAAUUCGUUGCAGGGGUCGACUCAGUUGACCAAUCUCACUUGCUUGGGUUGCAAUCUGGCGGGUCCUUUACCGGGUUUUCUCGGGGAGUUGAAUUCCUUGUCGGUUUUGAUUCUCGCCGGGAAUAAUUUGUCCGGCGAGAUUCCGGCGAGUCUGAACGGCUCCGGCUUGCAGGUUCUGUGGUUGAAUAACCAGAAGGGUGGGGGUUUUACCGGGAGUAUUGACGUGGUGGCUACCAUGGCUUCUCUCACGAGCUUGUGGCUUCAUGGGAACAAGUUCAGUGGGUCAAUUCCGGGGAACAUUGGGGACUUGGCUACUCUCAAGGAUCUCAACCUCAAUGGAAACCAGCUCGUUGGGCUGAUCCCUGAUGCUUUAGGUAACAUGGAAUUAGAUAAUUUGAAUUUGAACAAUAACCAGUUGAUGGGUCCAAUCCCAAAUUUCAAAGCAUCUAAGGUUUCUUAUGAGAAUAAUGAUUUCUGUCAAACCAAACCGGGUGUUCCCUGCGCCUUUGAAGUCAUGGCGCUUUUGGGGUUUCUUGGUGGGUUGAAUUACCCUUCAAAUCUUGUUGGUUCCUGGACUGGGAAUAACCCUUGUGAGGGUCCUUGGUUGGGGAUAAAGUGCAAUGCAAAUGGAAAGGUUUCUAUAAUUAAUUUGCCACACUUUAAUCUUAAUGGUACUUUAAGUCCUUCUGUUGGAAACUUGGGUUCUCUUACUGAAAUCAGAUUGGGGGGUAACAAUCUCAGUGGUGUGGUGCCUGGUAAUUGGACUAGCUUGAAGUCUUUGACAUUGUUAGAUCUUAGUGGCAAUAACAUUUCUCCUCCCCUGCCAAAGUUUACAAAUGGCUUGAAACCUGUGAUUGAUGGGAAUCCUCUAUUCAGUGGUAACCCGGAAGCUCCUUCCUCAGGGAGCACUAGCCCAUCAUCUGGAUCUGGGAAUGCUGAGCCCACACCAUCACACUCGAAUUCAAGUGAUUCUCCUGAAACGAAAAAAACCAAAAGGAAAAACUUGGUUUUGAUAGUAGCCCCCAUUGCGGGUGUGGCGGCUGCUGCUUUUAUGCUAAUUCCGCUUUAUGCAUAUUGUUUCAGGAAGAGAAAGGAUGGCUUGCAGGCUCCAAGUUCAAUAGUAGUUCACCCUAGAGAUCCAUCUGAUUCAGACAGUACCGUAAAGAUUGCCAUUGCUAAUAAUACCGAUGGAAGCACUUCCACCGUAACAGGGAGUGGGACUGGGAGUUGGAACAGCAGUGCAAGGGAUUCUCAUGUCAUUGAAGCUGGAAAUCUUGUGAUAUCAGUUCAAGUUCUAAGAAAUGUGACCAAGAAUUUUGCCCCUAAGAAUGAACUUGGCCGUGGUGGAUUUGGGGUUGUUUAUAAGGGCGAGUUGGAUGAUGGGACUAACAUUGCCGUAAAAAGAAUGGAAUCAGGUGUGAUUAGUAAUAAAGCCUUGGACGAAUUCCAGGCUGAAAUUGCAGUUCUAUCAAAAGUCCGGCACCGGCAUCUAGUGUCCCUUUUAGGUUACUCAACUGAAGGAAAUGAGAGGAUUCUAGUAUAUGAGUAUAUGCCCCAGGGGGCUCUCAGUAAGCAUCUUUUCCACUGGAAGAGCUUUGAAAUGGAGCCCCUUUCUUGGAAGAGGAGGCUCAAUAUUGCCUUGGAUGUUGCUCGAGGAUUGGAGUAUCUUCAUACUCUGGCUCACCAAAGCUUCAUCCACAGAGAUCUCAAGUCAUCAAAUAUUUUGCUUGGUGAUGAUUUCAAAGCAAAAAUCUCAGAUUUUGGAUUGGUAAAACUUGCCCCUGAAGGUGAUGAAAAAUCUGUAGUGACCAGGCUUGCUGGAACUUUUGGAUACUUAGCUCCAGAAUAUGCAGUGACAGGAAAAAUCACAACCAAAGCAGAUGUUUUCAGUUUUGGGGUUGUGCUAAUGGAGCUGCUGACUGGAUUGAUGGCGCUUGAUGAUGACAGACCUGAAGAAAGCCAAUACUUGGCGGCAUGGUUCUGGCACAUAAAAUCUGAUAAGAAGACACUAAUGGCUGCUAUUGACCCUGCUCUUGAUGUAAAGGAAGAAAUAUUUGAGAGCAUCUCCAUCAUUGCUGAGCUAGCUGGGCACUGCACCGCCAGAGAACCGAGCCAGCGGCCAGAUAUGGGUCAUGCUGUGAAUGUUCUGGCACCGCUUGUUGAAAAAUGGAAACCAUUUGAUGACGACACCGAGGAGUAUUCCGGCAUCGAUUAUAGCCUUCCCCUUAACCAGAUGGUGAAGGGCUGGCAGGAGGCAGAAGGAAAGGACUUAAGUUAUAUCGACCUUGAAGACAGUAAGAGUAGCAUCCCUGCAAGGCCUACUGGAUUUGCAGAAUCUUUUACUUCAGCUGAUGGCCGAUGAAAUAGUUGGUUUGUUGCUUUGUUGAAUGUUGAUUUUUUUUUUCUUCUUCCUUUUUUCCUUUUUGUUUUUGUGUAGAUAGCAUGCUCUUUUCUUUCUUUAUAAAAAUUCCCCAGUAAAAUGUUCAAUGCAAUAGUGGUUGAGUAAGAGAUUUCAUAUGCAUUUGAAAUCUCAUUUGCAUGUUUUGUAUUUUCAACUGUGAUAUUUAAGUGUUAAUGGUUGUAGAUAGUGAGCCAUGCCCAUGAUCAAUGAGAAUGCUUGUUAUUUGUUCAUUCA